GCUAGUCAUCGUCUCUCACUCUCUCUCCUCUCUUCUUCGAAAGUUCAACCUCAGUCUCGCUCUCUCAGCAAUGGACAUUCCGCACCCUUUCAGGCAGUCCAUCUUCAAUCCAUCCCGGAGCUUCAAGAAACCUAAGAUCAGCAGGUUGGAACCUCAUCGAGCUCGUCUUCCUCCGCGUCUGUGGGAAUUCCGGAGCCGGAACUGCCCGGGAAGUUUGAGUCCUCCGAAUCCUGUGAGGAUUCAACCCACGCCCGGUCCGAUUGGGCUGAACGGUAUUACGGUUCCAUCCCCUGUCAGAGCUUCUUCUCGAGAUGCUGGUUUCAGUUCGCUGUCUGAAGGUGGGAGGUUGCAGGCUCCGAGUUUUGUCGAGUUUAUUACCUCCGAGAGAGUCAAAAUUGUGGCUAUGCUUGCCUUGGCACUGACUCUCUGUAACGCUGAUCGCGUGGUUAUGUCCGUAGCCAUCCUGCCACUAUCUAUGACCCAUGGUUGGAGCCGAUCCUUCGCUGGUAUCGUGCAGUCAUCUUUUCUUUGGGGAUACUUGAUUUCACCAAUAGCUGGAGGUACGCUGGUCGACUACUAUGGCGGUAAGAUUGUGAUGGGUUGUGGUGUGGCUUUGUGGUCGCUCGCUACUUUCCUGACACCGUGGGCCGCUGAAACAUCGCUCUUAGCACUACUUGCCACGAGAGCUCUUCUCGGUGUAGCAGAAGGGGUGGCUCUUCCUUGUAUGAACAAGAUGGUAGCAAGAUGGUUUCCUCCAACUGAACGUGCCAGAGCAGUAGGAAUUGCUAUGGCUGGCUUUACACUUGGAAAUGCUAUAGGACUCACUCUUUCUCCUAUUCUUAUGUCACAAGGUGGUAUAUUUGGACCAUUCGUCAUUUUUGGGUUAUCAGGAUUUCUGUGGGUCCUUGUAUGGUUUUCUGCAACAUCAAAUUCGCCAGACCAACACCCUCAAAUCUCAAAGUAUGAAUUGGAUUACAUAUUAAAUGAGCAGAAGAAAUCCAUUAAGAUGGAUGCAAAAACUGAAACCAGCAGAGUCAUCCCUCCGUUCAAGCGUUUGCUUUCUAAACUGCCAACGUGGUCUUUGAUUAUUGCCAAUGCCAUGCAUAGCUGGGUAUGUCUGGGAGAGAUUUAUCAUCUUAUAUUACUCUUUAGUAUAUUGUACCUGAACGAAGCCAGUUUUGUCUUAUUCUCACAGGGGUUCUUUGUCAUUCUCUCUUGGAUGCCCAUUUACUUUAACUCGGUAUAUCAUGUUGAUCUGAGACAAGCAGCAUGGUUUAGUGCUGUGCCCUGGAGUGUUAUGGCUUUUGUGGGAUAUCUAGCUGGUAUGUGGUCAGACAUGCUAAUACGGGGAGGUACGAGUAUCACGUUGACGCGCAAGAUCAUGCAGUCAAUUGGAUUUAUCGGUCCAGGGAUUGCUCUAAUUGGUCUGACCUCUGCAAGAAGCCCUUCAAUCGCAUCUGCAUGGCUAACAUUAGCAGUGGGACUAAAAUCUUUCAGUCACUCUGGCUUUUUGGUGAACAUUCAGGAGAUCGCACCAAAGUAUUCUGGGGUUUUGCAUGGAAUGGCGAAUACUGGGGGAACUUUGGCUGCUAUUGUAGGGACAGUUGGAGCUGGUUUCUUUGUUGAGUUGGUGGGUUCAUUCCGAGGAUUUUUGUUGAUAACAUCACUCCUAUACUUUCUCGCUGCCCUUUUCUGGAAUAUCUUUUCUACUGGGGAAAGAGUCAAUUUUGAAUAAAAAGGAAGAAUGCUAGCGAGAGCAUAAUGAUAAACUGAUAGAAUUACUGAAGGGAAAGGCAAACUGGGGGAGGGCUCGCCAUCUUCUGCUUACAGAUGUUGACAUUUUUUCUAUUCUGUAAAUAUGCCAGAAUCAGGGGUACCAAUAGUUUACAGCCAAGCAAGAGUUUCCAGUUACGUUUUUCUGUGCAGGUCACGACCGGCAGAGUAUGUCAGCAUGUGCUGGUUCCUCAGUGUGAGAAGUACAUGAAUCGUGCAGCAGGCAGUGCGAUUCUUUUACUCAUGAUUGGGUCGUACAAUUAACUGUGGGCAUCUGGUUUUUUAUGCGAUACAUCUGUAACUGAGCCCUUUUUUGCCUUGCCAAGGUGGUUGUUGCACGAUAGAUCGGAAUUUAGAAUUAUGCAAGUCUAAAGAUAUUUCAUCACAA